CUUCUGUCCUUUUUUUAAUGGUUACAUGAUAUGUUUUGUGCAUGCCAAUAAUAUGGAAUGAGAGCUUUACAAGCUAAAUGUGAAGGAAAAGGUUGGUAAUUUACCCAAAAUAACUAUGAACUGGAACGACCCAUCAUGGUGAAAGUAGUCCCUUGUACACUCCCGUUCUCAUGACACCCACAAGGAGAUAUGGGCAUCCUAAGACUGGCAGUCAGAAUCAUGGGUAGGAUCAGCACGUUCAGGUCCUAUCAGUUUGUGCUUCUCCUGGCUGCUGCACUUGCUGUUGUAGCUUUUUACUAUUUUGGCUCAGAGAGGCAGAACUUCUCUAGUACCACUAAGAGGAUCAAGCAGACCCAGGCCACCCACAACGGCAACAGAAAUGAUGCUGACCUCACUCUGGACACUAGGCUUUCCCACCCAGCUGGAUUGGAAGAGCAAAGAGAUCGAGAUGCAGGAGGAGGGAGUGAGGGGUCAAGGUCCAGGAAAAGGGAGAGCGGUGACACCGAUGACCAACGCUACCACGCACUCAUGAUGUUCACCAAGGUGGACAAGAGCAGGAGCCUGCAGGACAAGUUCAGGGUGGCCAUGUUGUCGAUGGUCAAAUUUGGAGACUUCCUUGAAGAAGAGAUAUUGGUCCUUCAUUUUGUGAGUGACCAGGCCAGCAAAGAACUGGGAGAGAGGAUGCUGCAGGAGUUUCUCCUUGAUGCACCAUUUAAGUAUGAGGUGUUCUUUCAUGACGUGGUGGCUCUCACACAGAAGCUCUUCCCUAUUGUGGAGGCCAUGCAGAAGCACUUCAGCGCUGGCUCUGGUGCUUACUACAGCGACGCCAUCUUCUUCCUGUCUGUUGCCAUGCAUCACAUCAUGCCUGAAAGCCUGACGCGCAUAGUCCAGCUUGACCUGGACCUGAAAUACCGGACCAACAUCCGGGACCUUUUCCAAGAAUUUGACCAGUUUCCUCCAGGAGCGGUAAUAGGCAUCACCAGAGAGAUGCAGCCGGUCUACAGACACACCUUCUGGCAGUAUCGUAAGGAGAACCCUCAGACCAGCGUGGGGGAUCCCCCUCCCGACGGCCUCCCGGGCUUUAACAGCGGCGUGAUGUUAUUGGACCUCGGUGCCAUGAGGGACUCGGCACUCUAUAACCAAUUGUUGGAGCCUAGCAAUGUGGCCAAACUAGCAGACCAGUAUCGCUUCAGGGGCCACCUGGGGGACCAGGACUUCUUCACCAUGAUCGGCAUGGAGCAUCCUGAACUGUUUUACUCGUUGGCCUGUGGGUGGAACCGGCAGCUUUGCUCCUGGUGGCGGGACCACGGAUACGGAGACGUGUUUCAGAUGUAUUAUCGCUGCGAUGGCCUCGUCUAUAUCUACCAUGGCAACUGUAACUCUCCGAUACCAGACGACUGAUGUAGGCACCGGACUAAAGCUGGAACCGAAAAGGAGGCGAUGACAUCUACGAUAUAGUUUAGCGAAAAAUGUUUCUCCUGCUUUUUAGAUGGAGGGGAUUUUGACUUGCUCGGCCGUUUCUAGUUUUGACCACGAUAAAGCCAGCGUCGUCACAGACUCUGCCCCCUGCUGGCCAUGGGGCCCCGACAAAGGUGCUACAACUAUGGCGUCCAACUGUGCUAUUUUCGAAUAAAUGUUGGUCAGUUUGAAAGCCCCGUGUUACGGCUAUGCAAGGAGCCGCAAUAGUUGACUAACAUCUUUUUAGCUAUAGAGAAGAUGAAAUAUGGUUUGCAAAGUUCAGAUCCAUUUACUUAAAGACGUGGAGGAGGGGUCUGGAGAGUGUGGCUGUUCGGGCCCCUGUGUGUGCAGUUCAGCUGAGGCCAAACACGCACCUUUCAGAAGGAGUGAGGCGGCCAGGUACUCUGAACCACUUUUAAGUUGUUCUUGCUGUGCUCACUGAACUGCCACCUGGAUCCAAAGAAAUGUCAACACUCAAUAUUCAUCAGUCAAGAAAUGGUCUGAGGCGAUACACACUUUAAUACACACAGUGAGGGUGAAGCAGCUGAGUGGCCUGCGCUUCACCAUCAGUGAGUCAAAGAGAGGCUGCCGAGGCGAAGACACUUGAGAACAAACAUUAUUGCAAGUCAAUGCUUCCUUGAAUUCACCCUGAAGCUGGUCAAUAUUUUUUGCGGCAUCUCUAAUCUCUAUCGCUCUAAAACACAUGGAGCCGUUGAAUCAUAGUAAAUAUUGAAAAAUAACUUCCAUUCUCAGUUUCCAAUUGCACUUUACAACUUCAAUGCACAAUCUUAAUCCGUAAGGGUUGUGUUGACUAGAACAGGUGGAUUUAUUUCAUUGCAUUGAUUUUUUUUUGUUCUUUAUUUUCAAGCCAGAUUGUUGUAGUUUUUUUAAAUUGAUUCCCACUCUUUAGGCAGCAAUUCUUCAUAGCGGUGCGUUUGAGGACCAAGAAAGGAUACUUGUUUGCUGAAAAAAUUAAUUUUAACGAUGUUUAAAAAUGAUAUGAGGUAUCACAUUACAUCUGUAUUUCUUUCUAGAAACCUCCUUUGAGAUUACGGAAAAUAAAUUAAAUCCAAAAAAGCGUAAUCCAAGUUUUACCCACCAACACAACUGUUUACAAAUUGGGAAGUACUGGAGAUUCAAGAUGGUGAGAAUGCUCAGGUUUGUGAAAGCAGCCUAGUUUUUAUGAAUGUUAAACUUUCAGACCCACAUUUCCUGUGACAGAAAUACAGUAAACUUUCUCUGUUAUUUCAUAACGUCGACAUUUUGUUUCUUUUGUGUGAUCAGCAUUCCUAAAUAAAUUAUAUGAUAAUAUAACUCUUUUUUUUAUAGAUGUUAUUGUUUUCCAGAGACUAAUAUUGCAGACUUUGGUUAUUCUUUGUUCCUUUUUCAGUUAUUAAACCGCUCACCUUUUGUUUGAUGUGUUAUGAGGGAGCUGAGCACAUGCUCAUGAAAAAGGGGACGCUUUUAGUCACUUAAGGGUUAUAAUAAGGUGGUAAUUAUACCAAUUUGUGACUGUUCUAGUUUGUCUGGUCUGUGGUAGACACGAACCAUUUGUCACUCAAAUUUGCAGAAGCAGGCAGCAAGCACUCCUCGCCUAGACAGAAAAAACAACAUCAAUCAGCAUUGACCUCUAAAUGUGCUGACAUUAAAAUAACCCAAUUUACACCGGAAGCUAAAAUGCAUCAAUAGAUGCUGAAAUAUAAUGGUCUUUUGUGUUGUCUGCAUUACUCUUUAAAAACAUGUCCUGUUGCUUCACAUACAUCAGGUACAAUGAUGGAGGCAGUCGGAGAAGACCGAUUCACAAACCUUUAGCUUUUUAUUUGACAGCAGAUAUUGUGCAUCGUGAAAUAAGGCAUAUGCCACAAAAAAACAAGCCCAUACUUGUCCAUGUUUGCAAUGAUAUUUAAAUAUUUUAGCAGCCGGUAAACAAGGAACAACAUGUUUAACUGUUCAUCCCAUAUUGCAUAAACACACUGCACCAUUAGCAACAUGGUGUUUUACACUUUGAAGUUCAAGUGGUGUAUAUAUAGUGGCCCUAUAUAACAGCUUAUAUACAUAUAGAAAGUUUAUCAGUUGGGCUCGGCAUAAAAAUGUGGGUAGCCUUUCAGUGUGCUAUGAUUUCUAAUAACCCCUCAGCCUGAACACUUUGUGAUUUACCUUCAGCAGAAACCACAGGCUGGUAGAGAUUCAAUACAGCAGCAGCAUCGACGUCUUAUCCAAGAAACACAAACGGCUCAAUGGAGAGCUCAGUGAGACUCCGACAGAUUGACAAAUGCUCUGCAGAAUCUAAUGCUGCUGUAACGGCUAAUCAUAGAUGACUCACUAAGUCAGGGACACAUUCAAAGCCACUAGAGACAUCACACACGGGUAAUAAUCCUACAGACAUGCACAGAAUGAAAACGACAUACAUAUACAUAUGCUCAGUCGAUCGUAUGUAUGUAUAUACAUAUACAUACGAUCGACUGAGCUGCUUUUUGUCUAUAAACCACUUCCCUUUGGUUCUGAGAGUUGCUUUGAACAUACCGAAACUCUUUACUUUCAUACUUUGACUUGCAGACAGCACGAACACAUUAACUUUGUGAAACUUUUUCCAUCUUGUACCGACAUCUUAAAUAAAUGAUUUAUUUCUCGUUGUGCAAUUAUAGUUAUCGUGAUUGCAAAUGAUGUUCCACUUUUGUCAAUUUAGAAUAGCACCCGCUACUAAAUUUGAUGAGAAUAUGAGUGCUGAGAAUGUGUGUGUCCGAGCUUCUCUUUGCUCCGUUUCUGCGUUUUAGUGCACGUGAGUCUCUCUGUCCUCCCACGGCCUUGCUAGUCGUCGCCCGCACGGCCCUCGAAAGCCAAUGUCCCUGCUGAUAACGCUCUCCCGACCCGCGACGCCAUCGCAGAAGCGGAGCGCUCACCCUGUGGUUGCCCCCAUGCUGCACACUGUUGCUGCUGCCUGUACGGUUCAUGCUGUUAGCAUUGCUCGCUGCUAGACGAACAUUUGUGACGUCUGAGACGCAUUUACACGACAUGAGUUCUCCAUGACUGUGUGACAAUGUGUCAGUAACAUGAUUUUUGACAGUAUACAUACACCUGUGGUUUACAAAGGAAUGUGUGUCUGUUUGUAUGUUUACUUAUGGCACAGUAGGCCUAUACUAAAUAAUGUAGGCCAGUAUCUGCUUGAGCAGCGGUCCCCAACCUUUUUUGAGCCACGGACCGGUUUCCGCGGCCCGGGGGUUGGGGACCCCUGUUCUUGAGUAUUCCUUCUCUUUUGGUUGGUCUCUCUCUCUCUCUCCCUCUAUCUACACUCAAAGAAAUGACUCAUUGGAUGAACUCAAUUAAAUUGUUGGCAGGUUUUCCAUCCAAAAAUUUUAUGCAACUCCAACUCAAAUUUAGCACAUCAGUGCAAUACAAUGUAAUUAAGUUAGUCCAACUCAUUUGUAUCAAAUACAUCUCAAAUAAAAUAACGAUAUUCAUUAAAUUAAAUUAAUUUAUGUUUGUCCAACUCAAAAUAUAAACUAACUAACUAACUAACAAAAUAUGCAAAAUCCACACAGAAGGAACACCCCGACUGGUAAUUGAACCCACAGCCCUCUGGCUGUGAGGCAACAGUGCUAGCCACUACACCACCGUACAGCCCAGAAAGUGUUUUCACCUCAUGCCAACAAAUUAUUUUCAGAAAGCGCAUGCUCAAAGGGUAGUCCUCAAUGAAACACAUUUAUUUUGAGUUGAUAUGCACACCAUCUAACCUAAAUAAAUCUAAUACAUGAAAGUAUUCAUACAUUUUGUGUUACACCCAUUAAAUAUAAACAUCUAUUUUUGUAAUUGAUUUAUUUAAAUGUAUCAAACAAUAUUUAAAUGUGACACCUCGAAGAAGGGCUUGAAUCGUUUUUGUGAGUGUAACCUAAAUAAAUCUAAUAAAUGAAAGUAUUCAUACAUUUUGUGUUACACCCAUUCAAUAUAAAUAUCUUCGUUUUGUAAUUGAUUUAUUUAAAUGUAUCAAACAAUAUUUAAAUGUGUCACCUCUAAGAAGGGCUUGAAUCGUUUUUUUAAGUGUAUGUGACUUGCUCUCUCUGUUUCUGUCUCUCACCACUUACUCCCUCUGGGCAGAUGCUGUUCAAUAAAAGGCUGAACAGUGAGUGGCCUGAUUCCCUGGUGCCGUGUGCCAGUUCUCACAACACUUGUCUUUCCCUAAUGCCUUUGACUCACCUUGACACGUUGAAUAUAAUGUUUACCAGUAAUAACCCAGAAUCAAGUAAAUUUUGUACCACUAGUUUCAUGAACUGAAAAUGUUUGUACACCCAUUGCUGGUUUUAGGGGUCGGGGGAAAAUGUGAUCCUUAGAUGCAUCGAGAUUCUCUCUUGAACGAUUGACUUGAUACAGAAAACUCAAUUCUCAACAUUAAGAUCGCCAGUAACAAUUUUGCGACACUGGGCUGUCCGUUCCUUUCAGCUACCCCUGAACGCAACAGAUGCAAGAAGAUUGUCAUCUGUCACCGUAACUUUGCACUUUAUCAAUGUAUGUUUAGUUUCACCACAUGUUCCAGAAAGCGUCAUUUUUGUACGAGAGCUAAAUGUUCAAUGCCUAUAAAAGGAUGGUUUGUUUGAAAAGAGGUUUAUAUUAUUGUUUGUGAAUAAGGACAUCGUGUUACCACGAGGAUUCUGCAGGCAUCGUGUUGGUUCUCUCUGUAAUGUUUGAAAAUGUAACCCUCCAGUUGACACAUUUCUUCUAUUUGCUACUAAUAUUUAAUGAAUUAAUAAAAGAUAAUAGAAGUAAAGUCA